AUGGAUGUUUCCCCCCCAGCCCUGCCUGCACUGCCCCCUGAGGACUGUGCCGGGGGUCCCGUGACCUGGUGCCAGAGCCUGGCUGUGGCCCAGCGCUGUGGAGCCCUGGAGCUGUGUGCCCGGCUGGGCAGGGACCGCACCCUCACUGAGGACACGUGCAGUGACUGUGAGCAGGUCGUCACCCUCCUGACCCACAUGCUGCAGGAAUCACCUGUGAAGCAGGCGCUGGGCCAGAAGUGCCAGGAGCUGCCGAUACCUACAAUGGUGCCCAUGUGCCAGGAGCUGGUGGACAAGGCCUUUGCCCUCCUCCUCACCUGCCUGGAGGGUCAAGUCAAGCCCGGAGUUGUCUGCACCCAGCUGGGGCUGUGCCCCCAAGGCCCUGCCUGGAGCCGAGACUCACUGUUGCACCAGCUGCUGCAAGGUCUCCACGCUGCCUAUGCUGACCCCCAGGCCCUGCCCAUCCCCCUGCCACUCUGCUGGAUGUGUCGCUCCUUAGUGGGACGGAUCAAAUCCACCAUUCCCAAGGAGGGUAUUGCCAAGGCCGUGUCUGGGCUGUGCCACCUGCUGCCAGGUACAGUAGCCGGGACCUGCCAGUGCCUGACUGAGAAGUACACGGUGAUUGCGCUGCAGGCAGCACUGGGCCAACUUGGGCCCCGCCUGCUCUGUGGGAUGCUGCUCAUGUGCGUGGCAGAGGAUGGCUAUGGCCCUGAGGCAGAGGCUGGGGGGCAGGCAGGGCACUGUGGGGCCUGCCUAGUGCUGGCGGGUGUAGGGAGCAACAGCUCUGGGCCAGGGGCCAAGGCGGCACUGCUGAGAGCUUGCGCCAGCGCCCACCUGGGCUGGGAGCAGUGUAUGGACUUCAUCCACCAGCAUCAGUCUCGCCUGCCCCUGCUGCAGGGGAGGCACCAGGAUGCCCUCGCUGCCUGCCAGGAUCUGGGGUUGUGUGAGGCCAAGAGAGCCUCAGGCCCCAAGCACUGCAGCCUGGGCCCUGUCUACUGGUGCUCCAGCAUGGAGGCAGCUAAGGAGUGUGGCGCUUUGAAGCACUGCCAGGACCACGUGUGGGGGUAGCAGCACCCCCCCUUGCAACGAGAUGCCCCCACAGCCCCUGACCUUUGCACCCCCCAGGAAUCCAAGCUGCCCCCCACAAGUAGUCAGAUCCAGCCCCCUGCUCCCCCUCUGGAAACAGCUGUUAUAAUAAACCCCCCUGCUUUGCUACAUGACUUA